AUGAGUGAAGAAUUCAUGAGUCAGGAUGACAGUCUAUCCUCCAGUUCAGAUUAGCCAGUCUUUGACAUUGAUCAGAUGUCAGUAAAUUCAGAUAAUUAAAAAGCCAUUCAAUAUUUACAAAAGGUCAGAGAAGAAGCAAAAUAAGCACCCAAAUGCACCUAUUUUGAAGAAGGAGAAGAUUUUCAAUUCAAACAAACAGAUCCAAAAUAUUUAAUACAACCUAAAGGUGUCAAACUAAAUGGAAAAUGGGCCAUGAAUUCCUUGUGGCAAAAGGAUGUCGUUGAAUAAUACUAUAGUUUUAAAAAGAAUAUCGAAUAAUUUAGAUAAUUAGAUUAAAACUCAUAUUAGCUGUUAAAUUAUAAUGAAGAAGAAGAAGAGAAAAUUAAAUCUUGUUUAAAAAAGAAAUGCUCAUUCAAAGAACUAUCGAAAGAUAUUGCUCCAACCCUCUUCACCUUCCACAUCCUGGAUUACCAUACGGCAUCCAAAAUUAUCAAGUGGCUCAGUUUGACUCAAAAGUGCAAUUACAAUCAAUGCAUGUGGAUCUAUUGUGCCCUGACCCAAUUGGAGGAUCCAUUGAGCAGUGCUUUAGAAUUGCUAUUUCGUAGAAAGUGGUAUGACAAUAAAAAUAUGCUGACUGAUUUUUCUUCCUUCUUUAAUAAUUUCGAACUUGUUCAUAAAAUCAAACACAUUUGGUCUAAGUUUCAACCUUCAUGUUAUUAAAAUGAUUAGAUUAUCUUCGAAUCUGUCUGUCAGAAAAUAAGUAGAAAAAAGAAAUAACUCAAACCUAUCUCAAUCUAAUUAGGAUAAGAAUAGAUGUAUCUUUUUAAAAAUAAUAAUCCUCAUGGAAUGUUGCAACUAACAGUCGUAAUAAUGAUCACCCAUAAAACUGAUUUUGGAAUGACCAUUAGAUUAACAAGAAAUGGAUAAUAUGUAGAUAUUAUUGCCUCGGAUGCCACCACUCUCAAGUAAAUAUUGUAAUGCAAGUGUCUUUAAACUGCAUUUCAUGAAGAGUUUAGUGUUUCCAAAAUGAUUGGAAAAGGGAGCUUCGCCAAAGUUUAUCUAGCAUCCAAGAAAUCUUCAGGAGUCCAAUAUGCAAUUAAGGCAUUCAACAAAGAAUUCAUGCUUGAAUAAUUCAAGGGCAUGGAAAGUCUAGAAAAUGAGAUCAGAGUGAUGCGUAGAUUAAAUCAAGAAAGUCUAGUGCAUUUACAUGAGGUUUAUGAAACUUAAAAUUCAAUUUACUUUGUUUUGGAUCUCAUCUAAGGAGGUGAAUUAUUAACUAGAGCAUAGACUAACCCAUUUUCAACUGAGUCCUUACAAAAAUUGAUGUACAACUUUCUUAAGGCACUGGCACACAUUCACAGUAGGAAGUGUAUUCAUAGAGACUUAAAACCAGAAAACUUACUGCUAAAAACUAAAGAGUCCUCAACCGAUAUUGUAAUUGCAGAUUUCGGACUGGCAACUUUUCUAAAUGAAUAAAUCAUCUUCAAAAGGUGUGGAACUCCUGGAUUUGUUGCUCCUGAGAUCUUAUACUAUAAGGAAGAUGAUCCCUUUUACGAUGACAAAUGUGAUAUCUUUAGUGCUGGUGUCAUCUUCUAUAUUCUGCUCACUGGCAAAUAACCCUUCUAAGGAACUGAUUAUAAAGCCAUUUUGAGAUCAAAUAAGAAUUGUGAGAUCAAUUACAAUGUAAAGCAAAUAUAGUCAUCCUCAUAAAAAUUACAAGAUUUGCUCAGAAAAAUGCUCUUUCAAAACCCAAAAGACAGGCCCAGUGCUGAAAUCUGUUUGUAGCAUCCUUAUUUUAAAGAACUCUUUAAUAAAAAAGACUUAAUAGAAAUCAAAGAAAAUUUAUUAGAAUAUGAACAUGAGAACAAAAACAGAUUGUAAAAGAAAGGCAGUUUCGAUAGUCAAGUUGGCUCAAUGGAAUUAAUUACUAGAUCUCCUGUUCUCAAUGGUCACAUUGAUACGGUUGGAUCAUUGUCACUUGGUUCACCUUUAGAUUCAUCAAGUCGUUUGGAAAAACCAUAAUAACAGUAAUCUAAAUUUAGUUAAUUCUGUCAAAAUAUGAAGAAUGUUUAACAAGACUCGAAUAGCAGUUCUCAAGCCUCUCCUAUAAAUAAAAAAAAUGACUCUUAAGAUCUUCAUAAAUUUGCAUUGAAAAACUCGUAUCAGAAAAAACAAAUGAGCAAAGAUGACGACUGUAUUAAUGAUGAAGCAGCCCAAUUAGAAGAUGCCAUUAAAAAAUUAAAUUCUUAAACACCAAAAAUUGGACUUUUUAAAAAGAGUUCUUCCUAUAAGGUACCCAAAACAACAUAGGAAUGA